GUUGGUAUACCAGCAGAUGUGUUUCUUUUUCUCCAGGCAUCUUCCCCUCUUCGUUGCCUGGCAGAGAAGCAUCCUCCUUUUUUCCGGGUGAUUCCUGGCACACGAAUCCGCCUCCCAUGGGCUCCCCGGCACGUGCGCUGAAGCCCGAGCGAAGUGGGUCACUUCGCUCGGGGCCGUGCGUGGACUCCAUUCCUUGUGUGCUGCUGGUCUUCUCCGUGGUUGGCACCCAGCACAUCCUCCAAAGCUUCAGUUUGUUGGUCUUGGCGCUGUCAGGGGCUUUGGGCAUUGCCAUCGUAGUGGCCGUCCCCAAGGGUGUGCUGAAGUGGCUCACUACAAUCUUGACCGCCAGCUUCUUGAUUCUGGCAUCUUAUGUCGACACUCUGGACAAGCCGUGGGAGCCACCUCCUGCACCCACCAACGGUGCCGCGCACACAGCCAGCGUUGAAAGGGUAAAGAGAGGGUACGAUCAGGAUGCGCGGCCAUGGCUUGGUGAGACGCUCAGCGUGGUUCUCCCCUGUGCCUUUGAGGGAGAGUACGCCUCACGCACCGUGGAGUCAGUCUGGAAACAUACAAAGAAGAAUCGCUUGAAGGAGAUCAUUGUGGUGGAUGAUGGCAGCUCACCAAAGCUUGAUUUGCACUUGCCGGCGCCCCUGCACGUGACAGAAGGCUUUGAUCCCCCUAGAGAGCAGCAGCUGCGCGGCAGCGUCGCUGUUCGGUUGCUGAGGCACAACAAAACCUUGGGGCUCAUCGCAGCCAAGAAGACGGGCGGCAACGCUGCACUGGGUGAUGUGGUGGUUUUCUUCGACUGCCAUGUGAAGCCCAGGGAUGGCUGGGAGGAGGCCUUUCUGAAGCAGAUGCACCGCGCGGGAGACCAUCGCACCAUGGUUGUGCCCACCAUUACUGCAUUGAACCCCGACACCUGGGAAGAAACUGCUGGCUCCUCCAGUCACGCCUGCUACAUGAUGUGGAACGCAGACUUUACAUGGUUGACGCACCCUGGGAGGGACGUACCUAUCAUGAGUGGAGGGCUGCUAGCUCUCAGCAAGCGUUGGUGGGAGGAAACUGGUGGCUAUGAUGAUCACAUGAUUGCUUGGGGUGGUGAAAAUAUUGACCAGUCACUGCGAAGUUGGUUGUGCGGUGGCCGCAUUGAGAUCGCGGAAGGGGCCUUUGUGGCGCAUAUGUGGCGGGACCCCAACAACCCCAAGACCAAGCUCAAGUAUACCAUGAAUACGGAGGAUGUGAUGCGGAACAAGGCCCGUGCUGUGUCUGCUUGGCUCGGGCCUUUUACUCAGAAGUCGCUCUCCUUCCCGGAGUACGAAGCCUUCUUCAAUGGUGAGAACAGCAUCGGCAACUUAAGCAACUUCCAGAUACUGAAAGAGAAGCUGAAAUGUGCCGAGUUCUCGGCCUAUUUGCAACGUUUCUCCUAUGUCUAUAUUGAUGGAGGACUGAUUCCAGAGAAGGUCUUUCAAAUCCAGGAGGAGUCCAGUGGGCUUUGCUUGGAGCGGGAGGUGCAUGAUGCCAGAUCCCAUGGAAUCGUCAUGGCGCCUUGUGCAGUUGAAGGACAAGGCGUGGUCGAAACCCAGCUUUGGCACCCGGCGAAUCGGGACCAGGGCCAGGAAGGUGCACCCUGCUGCAGUGGCCUCAUGAACUGGAACUUCUUGCAAUGCCUCGCUGGCUCACAAGGGGGCGAGCCGCACACAGACGAGUGCGACAUUUCAGGCCGCAACCCCAGCCAACGCUUCAAGGUGGCUGAGGAGGGCCGGAGCGGCCCGUUGCUCUUCCAUGAUGGUCGCAGCUGCCUGGUGCCCGAGAUCCACCAGUCAGCUGACACGGCCGUCACCCCCUUCGACGCAGCCGUGCAGAACUGCGGGGUGCGGGUGGUGCAGCGAGAUGAUGGUGUGCGACUGCAGGCGGAUCAGUCGGGGGCGAACCUGUGCUUAACAUUGCAGGGAGAGAAGCUAUCCAUGGAGGAGUGUGCUGAAGAGCAAACUCAAGUUUUUCGACUCAAGACCAUGGAGGAGGUCGCGAAGGUCAUUCUUCGCAAAGACCUUUGUCUCGACGCCGGGCAAGGCAAAGGCGUCGUUGCAUACUUUUGUGACAAAGAGAACCCAAACCAGGCCUGGAGCCUCUUCAACUCCAGAUUGCUGUGGGAAGAUGGUCAUGCGACCUAUUGCGUGGACUUCAAGGACUCCCUCAAGCUGCAGAGCAUUCCCGAGCGCUGGGCUUUAGCGCUUUCCCCCUGUGCGGAGAAAAUCGGCCAGCGCCUGGCGCGCCACGAUGUCCAUGCGGAUGGGACGUUUCUUUUGCGUGACGCAGAUGUUGGGAAGUGUUUGGCUGCGAGGAGAGGCGUAGAACUGGAGACUCCUUUAAAGCUAUCGAGCUGCAAUGAUGAUCAACGCUUUCGAGAGCUGAAGAGCCGACAGCAGGUGCAACACGUGUCCACCGGCUUUUGCUUCGACGCGGGCAACGGCCCUCCGAUUCUCUACCCGUGCCAUCAACCGAAGGCCCAGCGCAAGCAACGCUUUCAGAUCACCGAUUCCGGCCGUGUCCAGAUGAUGCGCGGAUGGGACGACAACGGCAGAAAGCGCUUCUUCGAGCGCUGUUUGGAUCAUCAGCCACAGCCACCCGCACGAGCAAGGCUGAAGAACUGCGCGGAGGUUCCAAGUGCAGUUCGCUGGCGGCGCAUCAACAUGCAAGUACCUUUGGAAUGGAAGCUAUGGCAAGAGCACCAGCCCCACACAGGAGGAGCUAUGCCCUUAGGAGGUGACAUGGCCCCACCAGCUUGAGCAAGGCUUGCACGCUGACAUUGGGUAAAGCCCCUCUCCAGCUCGCCCAGGGGCUGUAGCUUUCCAGUUCUGUCCGACUUGGACGUCCCUCCGCCGGAUCCGCGGCGCCGCGGGGCGGUGCCGUGCGUCCGGCGGAGCGGGUGGGCGGUCUGGCGCGCGUCUCUUUCCGCGCCAUGAACGAAGCUCCGGUGCGUCGAAGGAGGCGGAGAACUCGCCGGUGG